CGUUCACCUUGAAACUGAAAUCCUCUCAGUCUGGCAACCAUCCACGACCUGGAGUUUUAAGCUUGGUGUGAUGUCUGGUCUGGUGUGGGAAUUGCGACACCUUGUUUGCGUUAAAACACAGGUGAGAACUGGCAGCAACCUAUAUAAAAGACCCCCUCCUUGUCACUGACUGCAGCACUGACAGCAAGGUUACCCUUUGGAACCUUGGACCACCAGACAAACUUUGAAACAUUUAUUUUAGUUAACUUUUGCUGUAACUUAUUAGUUGUUGUUUUUUUUUAUUGCAUAUUUUGUAUAUUAAGGACCACCACUUUUUGUCAGAGAAUGUCUUUCCCUAUCAGCCUCGUCUUUUUGUCAACUUGGUCAGCUGUAGCUUUUACAUUCCCUCACAAUACUUUUGACAGCAUUAUUAAAGGGUCAAGAGUUGAAUAUGAAUCAUCUGGCAGCGGACCGGAUGAACCUGUCCGGGGAAUAGUGAAGGUUGUGCAGCUGGACCCUCGUUCCCUGGCUCAGUCAGGGUUCUUCAGAGGGGGACUGACCUCCAGAAGAGCCCCCUCCCUAAGCUCCAGACUGUCCUUCCCUGCUUUCUUGUCUCACGGGCGUCCUGGUCCAGCCUCGGCCCCCAAGACCCCAGUGAGUCCACUGCACCACCUGAACCCAAAAAGCCCCACUGAGAUGGGACUGAAGAAGAGGCAAGGCCUGCAGAUGUGGCAGAGAGCCAUAAAUAAAGGAGAGAAGAAGAGCAUGUCCCUGCCAGUCAACCUGAAGGACACUAAGCAGACGUGUGCUGCUGUACCUUUCACACAGCGUGUGACAGCAGACGGAUGCGACACAGUAACAUUGCACAACAAGCUGUGUUUCGGCCAGUGCAGCUCCCUGUUUGUCCCAUCUGAAGGGGAGUUUGCAGGGCUGGGAUUCGGGACGGGGGCCCUCCACCACCGGGCACCCUGCUCCCGCUGCGCCCCAUCCAAAGCGCACACUGUGACUGUGCCCCUGCGCUGUGGAGCCGAGGUCCGGGAGAAGCGAGUGAUGGUGGUGGAGGAGUGCAAGUGUGAGACGAGCCGAGAGGAAAAGAUCGCUGAGGCUGCAGCUUCCACACACCUGUAACUGUGUCACAUUUACUGCAGUUUAAAUCAGUAAAUAGAGGGAUUUGUAAAGAUUUUCAUUUGGACACUUUUAUUCUUCGACAAAUCACAGCCAAGAUAUGGACUUUCAUUUUCUACGUGAUGAUUGUUUAGACACUUGUAAUGAAUAUUUACAUAUGUAUUGUAUUUGUUUAUGAGCCUGAAUGUGUUAUUCAGAGUAAAACUGUGACAAAAUGACCUAUAUUUUGGUCAUGCAAUUAUUUUGUUGCAACAGAUGGAGCGGUCCACACUGGACUUGUGUUACUGUUAAAAAAAAAUGUGUUUAGAAUAAUCUAAACUGAAAUAUUGUGAUCUGUAAUAUUGUCAUUAAAAU